CUACUGCCUCCAACCUAUUAAAAAGCGAACCGUUGUUUGGUGUGUCACACCUUUCACCGUCGUUUGGGCCCUGUUCAGCCUGAAAUGUUGCUGCAUAAUGAGAAUAGAAAAGAAGAAAGAGUGCCUAUUCUAUCUCAGCCCUGACAAGGCCAGCAUCAAGCAUUCAGUUUACUAGCCUUGUUGAAAACGGUGUUUGUUCGAUUGACUUACAUUAGUGUCUUUUUUUCUUUUCCGUUUUAACGCUUUUUUCUUUUCAACGUGCCAAUCUGAAUCAAUGCCAAAGACUCCUUCUCUUAUACUUCCUGAUUCGUUACCCGGAAGUUGGCUGACACGUUCAAAGAUUAGCAAAAGAAAUAAACCAACGAUAUUCACCUUACAUCACAACAAUGAUAGUACUCAUGUGCCUGCUGCUGCUGCUGCUGCUUUAGCUUCUCUUGGUCUUAGAAACAGGAUGAAUAACAUCCAUGACAACAGUUUCGAUUUGAUAACCGAAAAUAAUACUGCGGCACCCUCCACAUUCUCCAUCUGCUCUUCGAUAAUGAACGACAAUAGCACCCUUGGAGUAGAAGGUGGAACGAAGGACAAUACAAUAGGUGCAUCUGUUGUCAAUGGCUCGGGUUCUGUUCAACCAGAGUUUGAUCCACAAUACCAAAUUCAGUAUCAGCCAGCGUCUCCGCCUUCUCAACAUCCUUCUACUCACAUUCUUCCUCCUCAACAACAACAACAACAACAGCAACAACAGCAAGCCAUUCACAAUACGGUUGAAGUCAAUCAUAAUAUGAUGAAUGGUACAACAACUGCUGCCACGCUCAAAGGCACUGAAGCUUACCAUCAAAAGGACUCUCAAGAGCAAUUAACAUCUGAGUCUAAUAACAAUGAACUUUUAAACCAGAAAGAUCAAAAAUGCCAGUCUUUACAAAAAGUCAGCAAAGAAGAUGAGAAUAUCCUCGACUUUUCUGAAGAGGAAUUGAUGCAACUUGAUAAUGUGAGGCCUGAAAAAAGUUCUACUGCGAGUGUUACUAGUGACAACAAUGACUGUAAGAAUGUUCUUGUCACUGUCACUCAUCCGCAAAGCAAAAAUGGGAAUCAUCAGCUGCAGACCGUUGAUGAACACAAGUGUACUUCUCUUAAUCGUGCUUCUCAAAGCCUCGCUGAUGAAUUCCAGAUAUUCAUGGAGGAACAUAGACAAAUCAAACAGUCUAUUGAAGAUAAGAAGAAAGAGUUAGAGCACUACAUUAAUGAUAAAAUGGAGUACCUCAACCAGAGACAAAGUUAUUUCCAAGGUCAAUUGAAGCUUUUGCAAGACUUUCUGUAGGUAGGACACCGUAAAACUCCUUUUCUAACUCUAUCUUGGAGAAGAAUUUGUUAUAAAGCAUCAGAGACGACAUUUGAUAAUAACUGUACCACAUGGACUAUAAAGUAAACAUUGAAUGUUGUUAAAUGGUGAAAGAUCUUUAUUGAUACAUAUAGUAUAUACACUAAGGAUACUGUAUGCAAUAACACAUUGUAUACGUAAUGCUUUUUGAUAAAGUUACCUUGUAAACGCAUGGUUUUGAAAAAUUCAUUAUAGGAAGCCGUCUCUGCGGUUACGCCAUAAUUACAAAGGACUACAUCCGACAGAUGAAAGAAUUCUGGCAGUGAUUCACAGAUUGUAAUAUUU